GCCCCGUUUCCCCUCCCCGCCCCGUCCCUCCCCCGACGGCCGCCCCGGCUCCGCGCUCCGUGCCGGGGCCGUGUUCGGCGGGACGCUGCCUCCGCUCUGCGCCGCAGGAUGGACCUCCCUAUCUCUGCUGAUCCUGCUGCCCUCCCCAAGCACAUCUUGGACAUCUGGGUCAUCGUUCUUAUCAUCCUGGCCACCAUCCUUGUCAUGACAGCCCUGUUGCUGUGCCCAGCCACAGCUGUCAUCAUCUACCGAGUACGGACUCACCCCACACGCAAUGGCAUCGUGUGAGGGAGGACAGCAGGACUCCCACCACGGGGCACCCCGAGAGUGGGGAGAAGAUGGGGCUGGAGCAGGAGUGAAGCCACCAUGCUGCUGGGGAGCACAGCAGGAUCUGGUUGCGUGGCAUUGAGGACAUGGAGGCGAUGCCCAGCUGGAAGUGACUUGUUCUUGUAAGAUAGCUUGCAUCUGCCAUCUUGUAGCCAUGUUAUCCCAUUGGGACUCUCCCAGCACCAGCAGCAAGGCAGCAAAGACUGUAAAUGCCUGGCAUAGUUAUUUCUCCAGCUGCUGGGGUGACUGGAAAAGAAGAGUCAGAGCCAGAUGACGGAUGUGGCUUCUGGUUGUGCAUCCAUACUGCUGAAAGCAUUGCUGCAGGAGCCCAUCCCAGCAGGAAUGCAGCUGGCACUAGUGGUUCCAUGUGUCAGAUAUCGACUGGAAUUGCAGGAAACCUUGCAGGGUUCAGAUCCUAUGGGUCCAGUGGGACAGAGGAGUAUGGGAAGCUCCUCCCUGCAUGGUGUUGGAGCUGCGUCCCUUCCUCUUUGCCUUCCUACCAAACAGGCAGCAGAGGGUUCCCCCACAGGUACUGCCAGACCAAAUAAGCUCGUAGAAAAUAAAUUGUCUUUAUUCUAUAUGUUUAUGUCUAUAUGUCUAUAUGUCUACGUGGACAGAGUGGGCUCUGUCCAUGUGGUUGGUGUCGGGGCACAGCGCUUUGCCACAGCUUCCCAAACCCUUGCCCACCCAUGAGCCCAUUGGCACAGCCCCACGCUGCAGUGCAACCUCUGCGCUGGGUGCGAUGUAGGUCCAGGGCUGCCGUGUGUGGGACAGGAGCCCUGCGGCCAGACCGGCAUCCUGGCAUGACUCAACAUGAGAAAGUACGUAAGCAGUGAGCUGAAUCAGGCUGGGAUGUGGGAACGGUUGCUUAAACGCUGCGUUCACCGCUGCGGAGGUACAUCCUCUCAUACUGGGCAGGGUUUGCUUUGGGGUCAGGGGGAAGCGCAGAUCCCAGGGAGCAAGGAGAUAUUCUCCUUUUGAGCUGUCGUAUUGCUCUCCCCUCUCAAGUUGCUGAACUGGAGCAAAGAACCAGAUUUCUUCCUCCUUUGUUCCUCCUCUCUCCCUCUCUCGCUGGCAGUCACAAUGUGCAGCUGGUGGUGGUCACAGUGCUGCGGCUCAGAGCAGCCCCUGCCUUGCUGCAGUCCCCCCAUCCCACCCCACUGCCAGCAGCUGCUGCCUGGGACAUGCGCGGGGCGGCUGCGGUGUGUGGAGCAGAGCAGAGCAGCGUUACAGGAGGUAGACAGCGACAAAGCCACAGCUGUGUCAGUGGUUUAAGGAGGAAGCCUGGCUUGAGGUAAGAGCAAAAAAACAGCUGUUCCCACCUCCCCGAAUGCUUUUCUCCUGGACCAGGGGUGCACAAGGGAUUUCCUUUUGCGGUGGCAGAGAUUUCUGGGAAGAUUCGAUCCUAUUGCAAACAUUUCCAGGAAAGGCAUUGUGGAGCAAUGCAAAGAAGGCUUUGUGAGCAGAGCCCGGAGCCACGUGAAGCAACAUGGCAGCAGAACGGAGAGGGGGGGGGGAGCAGGGGCACUUCAAGAGCAUGACAAGGGAGGAUUGCACACCUGCAACAAAAGUUCAGAGGUUGUGCUGGGACUAAUGUUUUUCCAUGGCCAUGUGCUGGCUCCCAGGGUGCAGCAGAGGUGCACGGUUUCUCUGUCCCUUGCUGUGGUCUCUACAGCCUCAGAUGUGCAGAACGGAUGAGCACUACUGGAAGUAGUAUGAAGGGUAUGGAGGCGAUGGGUGUGGAGUGCCUGGUGCUGACCCAAAGCCAUGCAGGGCAGGAUGCUGCUGUCCCACUGCAGCACCGGAGGUGGUGGUAGCAGGGAUGGGACUGGAAGCACUGCUGGCUGUCUAUCCUCAGCCCCUGCCAAACAUCUGCAGCAGGCGGGGCUGGCUCCAGCAGAAAAACACCCGAGGAGGGAAGCUGCUGGGCAGCCAGCCUAUCCCACACUCUCCUUGUUGGGGUGGGGGAUGCUGCUUCAGCCUUGACAUGGAUUUGGGGUGACACAGGCAGGGUCUCACCGAACUCAGCCAUGAGGAUGGGGAUCCAUCGACCACAGCUUGCUGAAUCCUUCCCUGUGCCUCAGUGCUCUCCCCAGGGAGGCUGGCUUGGCGUCAGGACCCAAGGAACAAUUUAUUUUUGUUUUGGUUUAGGAAAAAAAAAAAAAAAGGCGGUUCAGGAGCAGGUCAGCCCUUCCCUGUGUACGGAGGCGAUUUGGGGACGUGUGGAAGGGAUGUGUCCACUUCUGCAGCACAGCGCCAAGUCCCUGCGCACAGCUGGAAACCCACCAGAACCCCACACCAGCAAUUUGGGGAUAAAUAUAAGAAUGGUGUGAAAUAGCAGAGAGGGAACACAUCUCAAGCAGCCCCACUGCUGUGUCCAGAGUGUUCCCUGCUAUGGGGGAUUAGAGAAGGGCUAAGCCACCUCUCCACAUGCUUAAAGCUUUGGGGAACACUGUGAUUGAGGAACACAGAGGGACCUGUGGGGGUACACUGCCCCAUGGCCAGGCUGUAGGGUCCCCUCCAUUCCAUUUUGCAGGGAGCAGAACCUGAGCCAGCUGUCCCUUGCUGCAGGCAUGACCUAUCCACUCUGCUCCUAGGACCAGAGGUUCACUGCUCUGAACCCUGUUUCCCUAAUUAAGCAAUCCCAGCUGUGUUCCAUCAAUCUGUGGCACUUCCCAUUACUGACACCAAGCAACCCUGGGGCCCUUUCAGAGCCUGCAGCCCCAUCCCAAGACAUAGUGUCCCUGCCAUGCGAUGGGGGUUGCUCCCCUGAGCCCACAGCAUCGCUGCCCUUCUCCUUCAGUCCUCUGGGUUUGGGAGGAAGCCCUGGUCUGGCCAGCACUGCUCUCUUGCAAAGGUAAAGUCCAGCUCUGGUGCUGGAGCCUGGAUACUCAUUGUGUCCCAGCGCUCACCCACUGCCACACUCUGUCCCAGGUCAGUGAACCCCUGACCACAGCCUCCCCCUACCUCCCCCAGACCAGUUCAUCAGGCCAUUUGGAGGGAUUUAAGGGAAUUUACACCUCAUUGCGGAUAUUUCCCUUGGAGCCAGCCCAGGGUAAAUGUUUGCAUUCCCAGAGUGUGCAAGAAGGGCCUUGGAAAUUCCUGUCCUUGAGGAUAAGGGGAUAAGGGACCACAGGGUCCUGUCCUCAGCUUGUGACUGCAGCAUCACAGUGGGAGCACUGCGGGGUCACCCUAUAGAGCCCAAUCCAAUCUCCUGAAGGAUGCUGAUGGAAUGCUUUGGUUCCUGCACUCGCCCAUCCCUACCCAGGGAUGGCAGCAGGGUAUCACCUUGCCCAGGUGCUCCUUGCCAGGGUGGGGCUUUUAAAUCCCAUUGCAUAAACCAGGAUUUUAAUCCCCAGGGGCUCAAAUUGCAGCCUGUGGGCCACACACUGCUGCCAAGCAGAAGCGGCACUGCCAACAGUCCCCAGCAUCCCCUCCCACCCCCAACAUAAUAA